GUCAGGGUGGUGACGCUCUAACGUUACGCAGGAAGAAGCGUUCGGUGAACCAUCGUGACAGCCUGUGUUGCUGUAAACAUGGCGCCAUGCACGGUAAUAGGGCUGUGCGGUAUUACACCCCGUUUCUAGCUAGACUGAGAUACACACAACCUAACCAUGGAAACAGAAGAGGAGCAGCAUAUGACGACCCUCCUCUGCAUGGGUUUUCCAGACGCGGUGGCGAUACGUAAGGCGCUACGCCUGGCAAAGAACGACAUAAACGAGGCUGUGGCGCUUUUGACCAACGAAAGCCCCGGACUUGGGUAUGGAUAUGAGCCGAUGGAGAGUGGCCCUGCACCGGGCCCUGGCUCUAGUGGAGACGGGGAGACCAGCGGGCGGACUGGAACUGGAGGGUUUGACCCACCUCCCGCCUACCACGAUGUGGUGGAAAGCGAGAGGAGUAAUGAUGAGAAUGGGAACUGUUCUGGGAGCAGCAUGGAGUUCCCCACCACUAACCUGUAUGAACUGGAGAGCAGAGUGUUCACUGACCACUGGUCCAUCCCCUACAAGAGAGAGGAGUCUCUGGGCAAAUGUCUGGUGGCAGCCACCUGCCUGGCCAAGCAUGGCCUGGCAGAUGCAGAUGAGAACUGUAAAAGGUUUAUGGACAGAUGUAUGCAUGAGGCUUUCAAGAAGCUCCUGACCAGCAGUGCGGUUCAUAAGUGGGGGACAGAAAUCCAUGAAGGAAUUUACAACAUGUUGAUGUUACUGGUGGAACUGGUGGCUGAGAGGGUCAAACAGGACCCCAUUCCAGUUGGCUUGAUGGGAGUACUGACUAUGGCUUUUAACCCGGACAAUGAGUACCACUUUAAGAACCGUAUGAAAGCCUGUCAGAGGAACUGGAAUGAGGUGUUUGGAGAAGAAGCCAUGUUCGCUGUGUCGCCUAGCAACAACUACCAAAAGGAACCUCACGGCUGGCUGGUAGACCUGGUCAAUCGGUUUGGAGAGAUGGGAGGGUUUACUGCUAUCCAGGCUAAACUCAACACAGAGCAGAUUGAGAUUGGGUGUGUGUCUGCGCUGGUCCAGCCUCUGUCUGUGUGUGCGGAGUACCUCAACUCCAGCCUGGUGCAGCCAAUGCUGGACCCCGUCAUCCAUAAAAUGAUCACCUACGUUCAGAACUUGGAGGAGAAGGAUCUGAAAGACAAGAGGCUGGUGAGCAUCCCGGAGUUGCUGUCUGCCAUCAAGCUGCUGUGUAUGAGGUUCCAGACAGCCUUGGUUACCGUGGUGGACGACCUGCGCCUGGACACCCUGCUGCGCAUGCUGAAGACGCCUCACUUCUCCACUAAGAUGAACUCCCUCAAAGAGGUGACUAAGCUGAUCGAGGAGAGUACUGUGUCUAAGACAGUGAAGAAUGCAAUUGACACCGACAGGCUGCUGGACUGGCUAGUGGAAAACUCUGUCCUGUCAAUAGCACUGGAGGGUAACAUUGACCAGGCCCAGUAUUGUGAUCGAAUAAAAGGCAUCAUUGAGCUGUUGGGCAGUAAACUCUCUCUGGACGAGCUGUCUAAGAUCUGGAGGAUACAAGCAGGCCAGUCGUCCACGGUGAUAGAGAACAUCCACACCAUCAUGGCUGCCGCUGCCGUCAAGUUCAACUUCGACCAGCUCAGCCACCUGUUUGUCCUCAUACAGAAGAGCUGGGAGGUGGAGAGUGAUCGUGUGAGGCAGAAGCUGUUGAGUCUGAUCGGGAGGAUCGGCAGGGAAGCGCGGUCAGAGGCCACCACAGGGAAGGUGCUGGAGGUCCUGUGGGAGCUGGCCCACCUGCCCACCCUGCCCACCUCCCUGGUGCAGCAGGCCUCCGAGGAGCACCUGGCUAUCCUGACCGACGCCUACGCUGUGAAGGAGACCGUCAAACGCUGCUACAUCAUCAAAUGUAUAGAAGACAUCAAGAAGACUCAGGCUGAGGAGGAGGGUAAAACCAGCGACGCCCCAAGCUCCUUUCUUAGUGGCUCCUGGGGCAAGAAGAAAGCCAAAGAAAACUCAUUGGCCAAAUCGUCUCAGCAGGGCAGUCCCCAGGCAGUCUGGGUGGUUCCGGCUCUUCGACAGCUUCAUGAGAUCACACGCUCCUUCAUCAAACAGACCUACCAGAAACAGGAUAAGCAGAGUAUCAUCCAGGACUUGAAGAAGAAUUUUGAGAUCGUCAAACUGAUUACAGGAUCUCUGGUGGCAUGUCACCGACUUGCCGUCUCUGCGGCUGGGAACAACGCACUGACCGGACACACACUUGUGGACGGAAGAUACACUUACCAGGAGUAUCUAGAUGGCCACCUGAGGUUCCUGGCCUUCUUCCUCCAGGAGGCAUCCCUCUACCUGGUCUGGAACCGAGCCAAAGAAAUAUGGGACUGCCUCGUCUCAGGACCAGAAGUCUGUGAGCUGGACAGGGAGAUGUGUUUUGAGUGGUUCACUAAGGGCCAACAUGAUCUGGAGAGUGAUGUUCAGCAGCAGCUCUUUAAAGAGAAGAUCCUCAAACUGGAGCCCUAUGAGAUCACUAUGAAUGGCUUUAAUCUGUUUAAAACCUUCUUCGAGAACGUCAAUCUGUGUGACCAUCGACUGAAACGCCAAGGAACUCAGCUGUGUGUGGAACGACUGGAUCUAGCCGGGAUGGACUUUAUCUGGCGCAUCGCCAUGGAAACACCUGACGAGGAGAUUGCCAACGAGGCCAUCCAGCUGAUCAUCACUUACAGCUACACCAACCUCAACCCCAAGAUGAAGAAGGAUUCUGUCUCUUUGCACAAGAAGUUUAUCGCUGAUUGUUACAAGCGACUGGAGGCGGCCAGUUCAGCCCUGGGAGGACCCACCCUGACCCAUGCUGUCAGCAGGGCGACCAAGAUGCUGACUGCCACCGCCAUGCCCACUGUCGCCACAUCUGUCCAAUCACCUUCCAGGUCCACCAAGCUGGUCAUCAUCGAGAGGCUUCUGCUAUUGGCUGAGUGUUACGUCAUCACUAUCGAGGACUUGUACUCUGUGCCUCGGACCAUUCUACCUCACGGUGCGUCAUUCAAUGGCCACCCCGUCUCUCUCCACGUCACCUAUGAGUCCACCAAAGACACCUUCAUCCUGGAGGCUCACAGCAACGAGACUGUAGGCAGCAUUCGCUGGAAGAUCGCUGAGCACCUCAGCUGUCCGGUGGACAAUGUCCAGAUCUUUGCCAAUGACAGCGUGCUGACCAUGAACCGAGACCAGAAGCUGCUCUCCCAGCUGGGGUUCAGUGAUGAACAGUCUCUGACGGUGAAGAGCUCCAGCACUGGGACGCCCUCUGGUGGCAGCUCCGAGUCCUCCGCCUCAGCCUCCUCCACUAGUUCGUCUGUCUUCAACUCCGCCUAUGCCAUGGAGCAGGAGAAGUCUCUUCCAGGUGUUGUCAUGGCAUUGGUGUGUAACGUGUUUGAGAUGCUCUAUCAACUGGCCAACCUGGAUGAACCCAGAAUAACAUUGCGUGUACGAAAGCUGCUCCUGCUCAUCCCUACGGACCCAGAGGUUCAGGAUGCCCUUGAUAACUUUGUUCCCAAAGAGUCCAGUGUCUGGAGUCACCAGAAGACAUUGUUCACAUUGGGUCAGGGGUCAGGCUCUCGCUCUCCUUCUCUGGGUUCCAAACAACAACACCAGCCUAGUGCUGCCUCCAUCCUGGAAUCUCUGUUCAGAUCGUCCGCUCCCGGGAUGUCCACCUUCAGAGUCCUGUACAACUUAGAGGUGUUGAGUUCCAAGCUGAUGCCAACCUCUGAUGAUGAGAUGGCUAAAACCAGUGUCAAGUCUUUCUGUGAGAACUUCCUGAAAGCUGGAGGGCUCAGUUUGGUGGUGAAUGUGAUGCAGCGAGAUUCCAUCCCUGCUGAGGUUGACUACGAGACCAGGCAGGGAGUCUACUCCAUCUGUCUACAACUGGCCAGGUUCCUGUUGGUCGGCCAGAGUAUGCCGUCGUUGUUGGAUGAUGAUGCAGUCCGAGAAGGCGACACGCUGUCUAGUCGUCCGUUCCGUAACGCAGGGCGUCCGGGGAGGCAGUUGUCGCUGUGUGGAACGCCAGAGAAGAUCUCCUACAGACAGAUGUCCCUGUCGGAACGCUCUUCCAUCAGAGUAGAGGAGAUCAUCCCUGCAGCACGCGUGGCUAUUCAGACGAUGGAGGUUGGGGACUUCACUUCAACUGUGGCGUGCUUCAUGCGACUGACUUGGGCAGCAGCUGCUGGCCGAUUGGAUCUCGUUGGUAGUCCUCAGCCAAUCAGACCUGAACACAGCUCGCUCCUACCCCUUGGGGUACGCAGCCGUGUCAGCAGCACUGGAAGUAACUGCAGCUCCAGCAGUGAGGGCGAGACGGCACCCAUAGCAUUGCAUGCUGGGAUAUGUGUAAAACAGCAGAGUGUUUCUAUUAAAGACUGUAUCAUUGCUCGAGAGGCCCUGUCUCUAUUGGUCACCUGUCUACAGCUGAGGACACAGCAGCUAGGGUCGUUUUACAAUCUCCCCUGUGUCAGCGACUUCAUCAUCGACAUCCUGCUAGGAUCAGCCAGUGAAGAGAUUCGGCGUGUGGCGUGCGACCAGUUGUACACUUUAAGCCAAUCAGACACCUCUGCGUUCCCUGAAAUCAUAAAACCCAAUGUGUUCCUACUCCGAGUCGUCCUCACCUCCCAGCUACCCCUCUGGAGUCCCACAUCUGUCAUGAGAGGAGUCAACCAGAGAUUGCUGUCUCAGUGUACUGAAUACUUUGACCUUCGAUGUCAACUACUGGACGACCUGACCAGUUCAGAGAUGGAGGUGUUGUCUGUGAGCGCGGCGGCCAUGUUGGAAGAUGAGAUCAGCUGGCUGGAUAACUUUGAGCCCAGCUGGAGCUCUGAGAUGGAGACAAGCGAGGCGGACAACAUCCUGCAGGCGGGCCACCUCCGCCUCAUCAAAACACUGCUGUCACUCUGUGGCACGGAGAAGGAACAGCUGGGUCCCUCCCUGAUCCAGCAGCUGUUGGACGACUUCCUGUUCAGGGCGUCCCGCAUCAUCCUGAACACCUCUAACCCCGCCUCCGGCUCCGCCCCCAGCCACGACUUCCACCCCAAGUGCAACACGGCUAGCAGCCGGCUGGCGGCGUACGAGGUGUUGGUCAUGCUAGCGGACAGCUCUGUGGCCAACCUGCAGCUCAUCACCAAGGAACUGCUGUCCAUGCACCACCAGCCCGACCCCACCCUCAGCAAGGAGUUCGACUUCCUCCCCCCGGUGGACAGUCGGUCGGUGUCAGGGUUCGUAGGCUUGAAGAACGGGGGCGCCACCUGUUACAUGAACGCCGUGUUCCAGCAGCUGUACAUGCAGCCAGGCCUGGCCGAGGCCUUCCUGUCUAUCGACGACGACACAGAGCAGCCGGAAGAGAGUGUCUUCUGUCAGGUCCAGUCUCUGUUCGGACACCUGAUGGAGAGCAAGUUGCAGUACUACGUCCCAGAGAACUUCUGGAAGAUCUUUAAGAUGUGGAAUAAGGAGCUGUAUGUCCGAGAGCAGCAAGACGCCUACGAGUUCUUCACUUCCCUGGUGGAUCAGCUGGAUGAGCAUCUGAAGAAAAUUGGCCGGGAGCAGAUCUUUAAGAACACUUUCCAGGGAAUCUUCUCUGAUCAGAAAAUCUGCAAAGACUGUCCUCACCGGUAUGAGCGCGAGGAGACAUUCAUGGCGCUGAACCUGGGUGUGACUUCCUGUCAGAGUCUGGAGAUCUCAUUGGACCAGUUUGUCAGGGGGGAGGUGUUAGAAGGAACCAACGCCUACUACUGUGAAAAGUGCAAGGAGAAGCGCACCACAGUGAAGCGGACCUGCAUUAAGUCCCUGCCCAGUGUCCUCUGUAUACAUCUGAUGCGUUUCGGCUUUGACUGGGAGAGCGGUCGUUCCAUCAAAUACGACGAGCAGAUCCGGUUCCCCUGGGUGCUGAACAUGGAGCCCUACACUGUGUCCGGCAUGGCCCGCCAGGAUGGGGGCGCGGAGGGGGGAGACGGCCGAGGGGAGGCAGGGGGCUCACCCAGGAAGAAGGUGACCAUCUCCGAGAACUACGAGCUGGUGGGAGUUGUAGUCCACAGUGGGCAGGCUCAUGCCGGACAUUACUACUCCUUCAUCAAGGACAGGCGUGGUAGUGCUAGAGGCCGGUGGUAUAAGUUCAAUGACAAUGUAGUGGAGGAAUUUGAUAUGAACGACGAGACUCUGGAGUAUGAGUGCUUUGGUGGCGAGUACCGGCCUAAAGUCUAUGAUCAGUCUAACCCCUAUCCGGAUGUGCGGCGUCGAUACUGGAACGCCUACAUGUUGUUUUACCAGAGAAUCAGUGAUCAGAACUCUCCUGUUCUCCCCAAGAAGAGCAGAGUCAGUGUCAUGAGGCAAGAGGCUGAAGACCUCACACUUUCGGCGCCCUCUAGCCCCGACAUCAGUCCCCAGUCUUCCCCUCGACCCCCCAGGGCCAACAACGACCGCCUGUCGGUCCUGACCCGGCUGGUGCGCAAGGGGGAGAAGAAAGGCCUGUUUGUGGAGAAGAUGCCGGCUCGGAUCUAUCAGAUGGUGCGAGAUGAGAACCUGAAGUUUAUGAAGAACAGGGAUGUUUACAACAGCGACUACUUUAACUUCACUCUUUCUCUGGCCUCAGUCAACGCGACGAAGCUGAAGCACCCAGCCUACCAGGCCAUGGCCAGAGAGAGCCUGCAGCUGGCGGUCCACUUCCUAUUCCACACGUACCUCCACACUAAGAAGAAACUGCGGGUGGACACAGAGGAGUGGAUGGCCACGGUGGAGGUGUUGCUGUCUAAAAGCAGUGAAGCCUGUCACUGGAUGACUCAGUACCUGGUGGAACCUGAGGGCCGAGAGAUCACCAAGGUGUGUUUGUUGGAGUGCGGGGUGAGAGAGGUGAGGAUAGUAGUGGCGGCCAUCUUGGAGAAGACCUUGGAGAGUGCACUCAACUUUGCUGACUCUGGAUUGGACAGCCUGACCAACACUCUCCUCUCCCUAUUGGACAAAGAUGUUCCAGAGAACGUCAAACACUGCAACCAAUACUUCAGCCUGUUCAGCAACUUUGCCCAGAGGGGCUCGGCUCCCUGCCAGUUGUUGCUGAAGCACUCGGCACACCGCAGGAUGCUUGUCUUCCUCCUCGGUCCUAACAGACAGAACAACCAGAAUCGAAGGUGGAGUCCGGCCCAGUCAAGAGAGUUCUUGCAUCUCCACUCAACCCUGGCACUAAUGACACUCCACUCAGACGUCAGCUCGCAGCGCACACAUGACAAAGGUGUGUGUAAGCUGAAUGUGAGCAGUGUCCCUGCCUCCUCCCCCCUCCUCCCCCUCAACGCUGACAUCAUGGCCUCGCUAUUCACCCCUGAAGGACAGCUUUACCUGCUGGAGGUGAUGUUUGCGAUGCGUGAGUUGUCAGGCCCUCUGACGGUGCUGAUCGAGAUGGUGACCUACUGCUCCUUCUGUAAUGAACCUUUUUCCCUCGGAGUGCUACAGCUACUCAAUACCCAGUUGGAGACGGCUCCGCCUCAUGAGCUGAAGAAUGUGUUCCAGCUGCUGCAGGAGCUGCUGGUGGUGGAGGAUCCUCUACAAAGCCAAAGACUGAAGUAUGCCUUUGAGACAGAGAAAGGCCUGCUAGCUUUGAUGCAUCAGAGCAACAACGUGGACAGCAGCCGCUGCUACCAGUGUGUCAAGUUCCUGGUCACCCUGGCACAGAAGUGUGGUCCUGCCAAGGACUAUUUUAAGGAUCUGUCUGGUCACUGGAGCUGGGCUGUGCAGUGGCUGCAGAAAAAGAUGUCAGAACACUACUGGACUCCUCAGAGCAACGUGUCCAAUGAGACGUCCACAGCCAAAACGUUCCAGCGCACCAUCUCAGCCCAGGACACUCUGGCCUACGCCACAGCACUGCUCAACGAGAAGGAGCCGUCCGGCAGCAGCAACGGCUCCGACGGCAGCCCAGUCAAUGACAACGCAGAUCGUAGCCUCCGACAGGGUUCUGAGUCUCCCAUGAUGCUCGGCGAUUCAAAGAGUGAUUUGGAGGAUGUUGACCCGUAGCUCCUACAGGACGCAGUCCCUCCAAUGGAGACAUGCCACAGCUCCAGACAGCCAAUCAGGACUGCUUUUUGCCUCUGAUUGGCCAGAAAAUGGAGGGAGGGGCCCGUUACAGCCAAUCAGAACACCUAUUCUCCUGGUUGCUGGGGCAUUUAAGGAUGCGUGAAUAAUCAUGAGGGACUUCCUGCCAGACCAGACUAAUGGAAUCCGAGCUGGAGGAAAGAGUAAAGACUUAAGUGGUUUAUUGUACUACUGGUGGAGUCUGAAAUGGCGCCUUGCUGGCUAUGAAGUUCACUGCUUUUGACCAAAGGCUCAGUGACAGAGGAAGUGCCCUAUAUAGGCGUUAGGGUGUCAUUUCAGACGUAGCCACUACUGUCUCACAAGGAAAGGACUGUUGUUGUUUUUUAAGUUGUUCCUCAUAUUUGCCAAUGUAACUAAAUAGACAUAUUCGUUAUUGUAAAGAUCUGUUCCAUAGCUGUAAUUUCAAAUGUAAGAUAUAAUAUUUUAAAGUCUCUUGUGCUCCACUCAGUAGAGUGUUUAUGUGUGAGGCAGCGGUAUAACCUGCUCUGGAGGAACUAAGAUACACACACACACACACACACACACACACACACACACACACACACACACACAACCUGGGUUUUUAAGUAUGCACUUUAUAGUCCACCUCUGUCUAUAGUGGAGUGCAGCAGUAAUCAGGUCCACUAGAGCAGUUAAUCACCUUUCUGACACACACUUUUUUGUUUUGUUUUUACAGUUCUUACUGUAUCAAACUGAGUUUGUGCUCUGUGCCGAUACAGCCAAUGCCUCCAGAGAGCAGUGCUUUUCAAACCUCUUUUUCCACGUCCCUCGGCCAUUCCGUGUAUAUCAGCUAUACCAGAUACUGCCCAUUUGAAUCACAUUGCCAACUAAUUGUCAAGCCCUGGAAAAGGUGAAUGAGAGAGUUCAGGGCUACAACAAAGUUCUGAAACGGAUGUGGUCUAUGACAAGAGGUUUGAGAUCCACUGCCAUAGAAAUUGUUUGCUUCUAUGGUUGUCUCUGUUUCUCCAGUUACCACAUUGGUAUCUAUGGUAACAGCCUACAGAUGUUUCUAGAACAUGAAUUGAGCCAAACCGACCAAUGAAUCAAUGCUUUCCUCCCCUCCAGCUGACAAACAGCAAAUCAUAAGGUUGAAUUUUUGUUUCUACUGACACGACUGUACUUAGGCCUUAUUCCACGACAGCUGACCUGUGCGAGAGACAAACAUGCUUGACAGCAGAAGGGUCAUUGUGCCAACGAGAGGAGAUCUGGAGCAAGUUUUAUUUUGGGUGCCAAUGAAAUAUCCACACACACGCUCUCCCUCUUAUACCCACAAACGGCUUACUCCCUGUGCUUUAUCAUUAUCUUCAUUAUUAUUCAGGAUCUUAUUUGCCAACUGGGUUUCUUUUUCUUUGCCUUUGUUUUUCAUAGUCCGUUCAUAUCUGCCUUUGGACACCCAAAGGGUCACAACCUCCGACACCAAACAACUCCACCCUGACCUCUGACCAGUAAACCUCUUGACCGAACCCACCCCCUGGGAGAAUUCAAGUGCCUUCGUCUCCUGACUCCCUUCACCUCUCUCACCCCUCCUCCCACCCUUUGCCCCUGCCCGGUGGCAGGUGACUGGCUACAGUGAACUCUGUGCGUGUGUGUGUUUGACCGUGUUGUAUAUCGACCAGCAGACUGACCAGCUCCUAGUUUCAGAAGGUGUGUGUGUGUGUGUCAGCGCUUUCAGCAACACCCACUCACAGGGCAGACUGCUCAGUUUGACCCUCAGCAGCACCUGUAGUCCUCAGAACAGUACCAAUCAAUCAUUUAUUUUUGUCUGUGGGUCGGUGUGUGGAGGGGUGGAGAUUACGGGCGUGAAGGGGAGAGGGGGGGGAAGGUGCCGGAAGGAAUGAAAUCGAUCUAGGUUUUUUAAUCUGUGUGAUUCUGCUUUGAGCAUCACUCCUGCUGGAAGCCAGUCCGCCAUGCUAGGACACUGCAUGUUCAAACCCAGUUUUCAUUUGUACAUCAGAGUUUGAUUAUGGGGAAAUUUGAUAUAAAAUAAAAUGGAAUGCACAACUUUUUGUAAA